UUUUCUAUUUUUUUUUUUUUUCUAUUCUAAUCAUUGUAUCCUUUACUAUGUUUAUUCUGAUAAACUGAGAGAACCAAAUGUAUGGCUUCUCGUUCUCCUAUUAUGUAGUAGCGUAUCGUCCUAUUCCAAAUCGAAUCGAAUACCAUGAGCAGCAGAGAGGAGAAGCGAAAAAUGAUGGCCAUAUCAAAAGGGGAGAGGAGGGGGGGGGGCGGUUCGGCAGUUCAAAACGUCCGCGCCGGAUAGAAGCACGGGCUGUUUGGUUUUUUUCUAAACAAAAAAUUUGUAGUUGCGGGGUGAUAAGCUGGGUUUGGGUGGCUUAGUUCUUUGAGUGGCCGAGGGGGGAACGAGAAAUUAAACCUUUUUUCAUUUUUGUAAAAUUUUGCUCUGUCUCUUUAUUUUACAGAACAAUAACAAUGUCUACCUUCGAAAAGACCCUCGUUAUUGAUGGUAAAGGCCAUUUGUUAGGUCGUCUCGCUUCCGUCAUCGCCAAGCAAGCCCUUAACGGUCAAAAGGUUGUUGUUGUCAGAUGUGAAGCUUUGAACGUCUCUGGUGAAUUCUUCCGUAACAAGUUGAAGUACCAUGCUUAUCUCAACAAGCGUUGCAUUGUCAACCCCAAGCGUGGUCCUUUCCACUUCCGUGCUCCCUCUCGUAUCUUGUAUAAGGCUAUCCGUGGUAUGAUUCCUCACAAGACCGCUCGUGGUGCUGCUGCUCUUGACCGCAUCAAGCUUUUCGAAGGUGUCCCUCCUCCUUAUGAUCGUGUCAAGCGUAUGGUCAUCCCUGAUGCCCUCCGUGUCCUCCGCCUCAAGCCUGGUCGUAAGUACACCACCAUUGGUCGUAUCUCUCACGAAGUCGGCUGGAAGUACCAAGAUGUUGUUGCUAAGCUCGAAGAAAAGCGUAAGGCCAAGUCUGCUGCCUACUACCAACGUAAGGUUGCUCUUGCCGCUCUUCAAAAGAAGGCUGUUGAAUCCAAGGCUGAUGCUAUCAAGGAUAUCAAUGCCUCCAUUGCUCAACUCGGUCAUUAAAUC